GGCCUUCCCAUUCGCAAUUCGCUCCAAACUCGUUUCAAUUCGCAACAACUUUUUUUGGAUCAAUCAAACCAUUUUUGGAACUCUGAUCAAAUCUCUGUCAGGCCCCAUCUCCUAUUCUCUGCGAUUCCUGGCCUUUUUGGUGUUGGCUGGCUUUGGGUUCUGAGAAUGGGUGGUCGGAGACGACAAGGUGAUUACCAUCAUCAAGAAUCUCAGAAGACGAGAUCACUCAACAGGAAACCUCCGCUGGGCAAUUGGCAGCCCACUGUACCUUCAUGGGAGAAGAAAUUCUGCAGUUCCGUUGGAUCAUUUUCUUGGCAAAGGCUCUUGGAAAACAAGAGAUUCAUAUACCUCUAUGAUAAUGUGCUGCAGUGGAAUGACUCUGCAGGUGAAGAGGCAUUCCACAAUGCAAAAAACCGAUUUUGGGCACAGAUUAAUGGUCUCCCCUGUGACAUAUCAUUGCCUGAUCCGGAUAUUUAUAUUGAUGAAAUUGAUUGGAACUGUAGCAUUGAUCCUGAGAUGAUAUUGGACUUGGAGCGGGAACCUGUGGAUCCUGAUGAUUGUGUUAAAAGUGAAAAGGUUUCAAGUCUUGGUAAUUCUCUCCUCCUACUAAAUCAAUCAUUUUCAUGCACUGGAUGGGGGGAUGCUGAAGAGGAUAUUGGGAAAGCAGCUGAUAUUCCUUCAGGUCCUGGAUUAUGGCAUCAUGAUCAAAAUGUGGAUAAUCCUUGGGAACUUAGUUGUACUCAGAAUAAGGGAGCUGUAAAAGCAACAGGCUGGGGAGAUUCUGAGGAGGAGCCUGUGGAAGCAACGGGAUGGGGAGAUUGUGGGGAGCCUGUGGAAGCAACGGGAUGGGGAAAUACUAAUGAGCCUGUGAAAGCAACAGGAUGGGGAAAUUCUAAUGAGCCUGUGAAAGCAACAGGAUGGGGAGACAGGGACCACCAGCCUGUGGAAGCAACAGGAUGGGGGGACUAUUAUGGGGCCAUGGAAGUACCUAUAUGGAAAGAUGGAUGGAAUAAUUCAUCAGGUUGGAACCAGUAUGAGAAUAAGUAUAACGAUUUGGAGAAUCUGAAAGAUAGAAGAGCUGGUGGAGUUUGGGGAACAGGGAACGGGAAUAGCAGGGGGGAGGAGGUAGGUUAUAUGUCAAGGUAUCGAUCCUCAAGGUUUCAUGAUAAUGAGUAUCAGGCAGAUCAUGGAUGGAGGAGUGGAGGGAGGAAGAGAGCAAAUUUUUUGUAUGAUGAAGGGCCAUUUUUGGAUAAGAAGGCUGCUUCGCAGCCAAGGAACACCAUACAUCAUUGCGGUCCAGUGAGUCACCAUGGAUCAGGCAAAGCAGGAAAUUCUUGGAGCUGGAAGAAGCCUGUUUCAUAGAAGACUUGUGACUUCGAACUAAAUAAAGAAGUGCUCUAUAUUUCAUUUAAUUUUUUUGUUUUUUGCUUAUGUGUCAGAGAGUGCACAGUACAUAACACCGACUCAGCCAACAUAGUGAGUCAUGUCCAACUCGGGCAACACAGUGAUGAUUGUUCAUUUGGUGUUGCAUUUUUGUAGCUGCUUCAGAAGAUAUUCUGUAAAGUGAUUUGGAACUUUGUGUUCCCCAAUUGGGAUUUGGGAAUAGGGCGCCUUGUUAGUACACGGUGUCUUUGGUGGCCAUCCUUGCUAGUUGUAUAUGUUUAUAAAGGAAUGUCAAUGAUGAGUCAGCAAUCUUCUUGUUGGCUUUGAGUGAGAGUCUUCUUGUAUUCUGAUAAACCAGAGAUUGCCCAAUAAUGCAUUAAUAUGUUAAUUCUUUUCUAUUUUA